AUGUAUGAGGCGAAUUGUCGUGACCUUGGUGUUGUUCCUCAAAAAUACCGCAGUGACAACGCUGCUGUCUUCCACAGCCACGAAUACAAGCAACACCUUGAAGCCUUCAGUCAAACUCAAAAGUUCGCUGGUGUUGGCCAACACCAUGCCAAUGGCAUUGUCGAAAAGGCCAUUCAGGACAUUCAAUCUACUGCCCGCACGUUGCUCGUUCACCUUGCCAUCCGUUGGCCCGAACAAGCCGAUCUCGCUCUCUGGCCAAUGGCCAUCGACCAUGCAGUCUUCCUCCACAACCACCUCCCCGAUGUCGACACUGGUCUCACACCCAUGGACAAAUUCUCCCGCCAACGUUGGCCCCACUCCAAAUAUCACGAUAUCCAUGUGUUUGGAUGCCCCAUCUACGUUCUUGACAAGAAAAUCGCGGAUGGUAAGACUCUCCCCAAGUUCUUGCCACGCUCCGAACGCUACGUUCACCUUUGGUUCAGUCCCUUUCACGCAAGCACAGUGGUCCGCAACCCUCGCACCGGUGCCAUCACACCCCAAUUCAAUUGCAUCUUUGAUGACUGGUUUGUCACAUUAUCCGCCAACAUCGACGAUGUCCCCACCUUCAUGGAGGAACAGUGGCAGCAUCUCUUUGGCGACUCCCAAUUUCAAUUUCCCACUGAUGAUAAUGAUCCUCCUUCCUUGACACCUCAAUCUCAAGUCCCCCUAUCUUAUGAGCCUUCCGCUCUUGGUUCCUUUGAACCUUCCACCAGCCGCUACGCCGGCACCCAACCUACCCUAUCUGAUCCCUCCGUUUUCUGUGAACCCUCCCAACCUUCGUUUGAGAGGGAGAGGGUGUCAGUUGAGAGGGAGCAGUCUCCUCCCGCCAAUAUUCCUUCAUCCACAAAUACUGGCAAUCCUACUCCAUCACCCCUUCAGAGGGAGCAACAAACUCAGUCAAAGAGUCCCCAUAAAACGGCACGCAAAACUCCCAUUGACCUACCAUCAUCAUCAAUUCCGCCAACAUCAUCAUCCGGACCACCAUUGCGACGCAGUACACGAUCCACCAGAGGUAAACCGGCUCCCAUUCUCGAUCCCAACCCCCAUUCUAAGACCUACGUCUCCAAACCUUUGCCAUCCUCCAACUUGGCCGAGAUCAAUCCAUCAAACGAUCCCGACUUCAAUGACACCGAAAACCUCCAUUCGUUCCCAAAGGACACUCCAUUUCUUGCCAACGAGGAUCUGGUAUUGACCACCAGCCAUCCUUCAUACAGACGAUUCAAGACUCAACCAGAGUCAGAUGAUGGUGGUAUUUGUGGAUUCUAUGACCUCCAUUUCUCCUACCUUGGCUACACCACCACAAACACUCCCAAAUUUGUGUUUCUUGACAGCAAGGCACCACCUGAUUCGAUCGAAUUUCUCAAAACUGGCACCACCGACCCUGAUAUUUUAAGCUGGGAUGAAGCUAUGGCUGGUCCUGAUCGAGACAAGUGGCGUGAGGCUGCCUUGAAGGAGAUCAGAGCACUCGAACACAAGCGCACAUGGUUGGAAGCCCCAGAAUCCAAUGCCACAGUCAGAGUAAUUCCUGGCACUUGGGUUUUUCGAGUCAAACGCGCGCCAGAUGGAUCCAUCAUCAAAUUCAAGGCCAGAUGGGUAUUACGAGGUGAUCUUCAGGACCUGGACAUGGACACCACCGCUGAAGUCGUCGCUUGGUCCUCGGUCCGCACAUUUAUGGUCCUUAGUCUCAAGCUUGGAUGGGUCAUGAAGUCGAUCGAUUUCACCAAUGCCUUUCUCCAUGCCAAACUACCAGACAAUCUGGAAAUGUUUGCUCACCUACCAAGAGGCUUCUACUCUAAUAUGAGAAGUAUCACUGGUGAACGAACAGUACUACACCUCAAGAAGUCUGCAUAUGGGACAGUUAUUGCGCCAAGGCUAUGGUACAAACAUUCAAUGAAGGCAUUUCACAAGCUUGGAUUUGAAAGCUCCUCCUACGAUAAAUGCUUCCUUAUUCGCAAAGACAUGAUGAUUGUCGUUUAUGUCGACAACUGCGGUAUCAGCACUGACAAACCAGAGAAAAUCGAUGAACUUGUCAACCAGCUGAAAGAAAAGGGAUUUGAUUUGGAGAUUGAAGGCGACUUUGAAACGUUUCUUGGAGUUUAA